CACGCCUGUAACCUGGGGCCGAGUUAAAACAAGUGAAACACGGAUCCCUGCUCCGGACAGCAUGGGGCAGGACUGAGGACUGAGCUACGAAUCUAUUCCACCAGGAACCGAGGAGAAUUAGGGAGGGCGUGAUGACGUCUUUAAAAAAAGUUAACCCUGACCAAUAAGCGCAGCACGGAACCCAGGAGGAGAGAACUCAGGGUGCGUUCAGGAGAUCAUUCUGCGCAGAAUCUGAUCAGUUCUAAGAAUGAUCUCCAUGAACAAACUAAAACAUGCGCGUCACUAGGAUCCCCGUCACUGCUGUGCGGCUGCUGCAGCACCGCGCAUGCGCACGAGAGGGCGCACAGGAAGUGAGGGAGGGUCGCUGUUUUUGUGUGAUGGCGGAUUGUUAUGCGGGAUGAUUUUACUGUAACCCUUAUUUGAAAUGCGUGAACUCGCGGUGACAUUGAGUGUCCGAGUCCGCUUUGGAUUUUGAAGUCUGAGGCUUUGCUGUGUUUUAUUAAUGAGGACCCGACUGUGAAGCGUCCCAGAAAAACUGUUUCUAGUGCAGCUAGACAUCCGAGCGAAACUGAAAGGGUUUAAAUACACCUUGAAAGAAAACAUCCUGUUUCCGGUCUCAGUGUGAAAGAAAAGUAUUCGCAUUCGUUUAUUAGUGGUUCGGAAUUGGAGGAGGUGAAGAUGGAUGUUUUUAAAGGCAAGCUCUCCGCGGUCAUUGAGCAAGCAUUGAAAGCUGCCGUGGACACGGUGAUCAGUGAAAUCACACAGCUGGUCGGUAACGAAUUCGCGGAUCUGUCUGAAAGAGUGAAAGAAAUGAAACAGCUGAGGCGUCGAUUGGAAACAUCCGAGCGGGAGCUGAAACAGCUGCGCGGGUAUUUCAAACCCGCAGAUAAGAACAGCGGCGCCACACCGCCUCGAGUGAGCUGCCUUGAGCGCGACUUCCAGCCACACAGUCCGGGAGGAGACGAUCCCGAGAAGGAAAGCGGCGAUGUUACCGGAGUGAACGCUUCACUCUUCAAUGAAGCACAGAGCGGGUCCCAGCGUCUGUGCACCAGUCAAGCAGCUCCGUCGAUAAAGGACUGGCCCCUGGUUUUAUUAAUCACACCAGAGAUCGUCACUGAAGAUAACAACCAGGAGUUACUGAUCUCUGACCAGAGUGUUGACACGUGGAUCCGAAGUAUUGUGGACAGAGCGGGAAUAGAGAAAGAGGCUCAAGAGGAAACUGUUCAUGAGAACGUAGCUUUACAGGCUCCAGAGCAGCACCUUCACCAGGAAUACUGUGCAGUUCAGAGUGAGGCUCCCCAGGGAUCUGUUCAGAGUGAGGCUCCCCAGGGAUCUGUUCAGAGUGAGGCUCCCCAGGGAUCUGUUCAGAGUGAGGCUCCCCAGGGAUCUGUUCAGAGUGAGGCUCCCCAGGGAUCUGUUCAGAGUGAGGCUCCCCAGGGAUCUGUUCAGAGUGCUGAAGAGGUCCCGCUGCAGGGCUGCAGCCACACUGAAGAGCAAGUCACUGAAGUGGAGUCUGUGUUCAUUAUUGAAGGUGUCCGGGAAUCACCAGCUGCCCACAUUAAAGAAGAGCUCCCUGAACUGGAAUCUGUCAGUAAUUCCAAAGAUGUACCUGACAUGGAGUCGCUUCAAAUGAAAGAGGAAAUCACUGAAGAGCACAAUAAUAAUGAGGAGGAUGAGAAUGAUGGAUCCAUCCAAUGUAAAGAAGAGGCGCACGCUGCUAAAGAACUCAGUGCUGGUGCUCACAAUGAAAGCACUGCACUUGGUGAAGUCAGACCAGAAGCUCCUGUCCACGGUAAUGGGCAGGUCUCUAAUGACAGGAGCACAGAUGAUACAGAGAAAGAGAAAGAGAGCAGCUCCGUGGAGAACCUGGGCAACAAGGACUGUGCAGAAAGAGGAGCGAUCACCACAACCAGCGUGACCUCUCCUGAAGUGGCUGAUAAACGAAAGCCUGAUUCCAAUCCAGUGCUUCCCUGCAAAACCUCUCCUCAUGAAAAGAAGCUGAAGAAGAGCAGAACUAAGACUGAGAGAGAAGAGAGUGUGAAAUCCCGUCCAGAGAGGAAGAAGAGGCUCCCGUCCCCACAGCCUGGACCCGGAGCUUCAGGGAGUGCGGACAGUUCUGAACAGGCUUUGCAUCUCUGUGCUACGUGUGGGAAGGGCUUCAGCAGGAAACAGUACCUCACCUGUCACCAGCGCAGCCAUUCACUCGCAACUCCCCAUCGCUGCACCAUCUGUGGCGACCGCUUCAAACAGCUGUGCCACCUGAAAACACACCAGCGAUUGCACCAGAACAAGAACUCCUUCCGCUGUAAUGAAUGCAACAAGAGUUUCAUUGAACUGGGCAAACUCAAAACGCACCAGAAAAUCCACAAAGGAGGCUCUCCCCACCACUGUAAAGAAUGUGGAAAGAGCUUUGCGCUUUUAAACUUCCUGAAGAGACACAAAUGUAUUCGUGGCACGGAGAGCCCUUUCCGCUGCAGUGAAUGUGGGAAGUGUUUCGCCAACAGAAUUACCCUUGGAAGACAUGCUCAAGUUCACACAGGAGAGAAACCCUAUCAUUGUAACGAAUGUGGGAAGACUUUCAUGGACAUAGGAGGACUUAAAAAACACCAGCGAGUUCACACAGGAGUAACACCCUACCUCUGUACUGCGUGUGGGAAGAGCUUCUCUCAGAUCGGGAGCCUGAAAGUACACCACAGGACCCACACCGGAGAGAAGCCCUUUUACUGUAACACCUGCGGGAAGUCUUUUAAAGAGACAAGCACUCUUCUCAAGCACCAGAAACUGCACGCAAAGUAAACCCUUUGAAACAGCUGCCAUCAAUCAACCAGGCAGUGAAAACCUAUAGCCCUGUGCUAGGAUACAUGGAAAUAAAGGAAUUUAUAGGAAAGGAAAUAGCACCAUAUUCUGUUCUGUGUCUUUCAUUGAGAGAUAAGCAGUGUUCUAGCCCUUAACGGAGACUGAAACAGAUACAAGCAGGAAAUAAAUGAUUCGGUUAACAAUAGUAGAAACUGAAAAAAAAUAAAAUUGAGAAAGAAACACACCAAAAACGAAACACAAAUCAUAAGAGUAAGCAGGGAAUAAAUGAUUCUUUUAAUAUCGCCGUUUCUCACCGAGUGGUUCAGACGUCAGUCAGCAUCAUACUGGAUGGCUUGUCCGCACUGUGACAGGUCGUAGGGCGCCAGUUCUUUUGGGAGUAGCUCAGCGUGUUGUUUUGUGUAUCGGAGCCUGUCGAGUUACACAUGUAGAAAAACAGUGGUCUGUUCUGCAAUGAGUCUGCAGAGUUUGAAGAGUUGAUGACGCGCCGGGUCUCUGUCAUUGCCAUUGAAGCUGAGGAAGAUGAGGAGGUGCUUGAGCAUAAUGAAGUGACAGCGAUGAAAGUGACUCAGGAUUAAUAAAUAAUAAUACUGAUAGAAAACGUAAUUUAAGGUCGGCCUACAUGUAAUGCAUAUGUGGUUAGGGCUCUGGACUCUUGACUGGAGGGUCGUGGGUUCAAUCCCAGGUGGGGGACAUUGCUGCUGUACCCUUGAGCAAGGUACUUUACCUAGAUUGCUCCAGUAAAAACCCAGCUGUAUAAAUGGGUAAUUGUAUGUAAAAAUAAUGUGUAAAAAAUAAUGUAAUUUUAUGUAAAAAAUAAUGUGAUAUCUUGUAGCAAUUGUAAGUCGCCCUGGAUAAGAAAUAAAAAAUAAUAAUAAUAAUAAUAAUAAUAAUAAUAAUAAUAAUAAUAUGUGUUUAAUGCACUUGUUAAAAGUUUUGAUAAUUUUAAGCGUGCUGAUAGCAGACCAGGUACAAACCUCUUGGUGUAUUUUAACAUGUUUUGUUGUAUUAACAAUGUACGAGUUUGAGAUUAAACAAUACAUUAUUUUUGAUAAUGAUA